GAGCCUUGUUGAUGGUGGUGCCCCGCGCGCUCACGUGCGCACGCGCCUCGGACAGCCCUCUCCUGUCCUCGCGCUGCGCUCGCGGCAGCAACAACCUGGCUGGCAGCGUUCAGCGGCCGUUCCAGUAAAACUCAGCCUCCAGUCUUUGCACACACACAGAUCCGGGAGCCGCUCCAGGCCGCCGACACCGGAGAAAAGUCGCCCGUCGAGGAAGAAGAGCCGCCGGUGCUGCCGCUGGAGCAGGAAAAGAGACUUCAGGUGCACCUUGUUAGCGUACUUUGAUAGGGAAGUUUGUCCGGCAUUUUACUGAGGAGCAAAGAUAUCAGAGUCGAAGGAGCAGAGUUUCCCUUUUUCCUCAGUAAGAUGGCAUCAAAUGACUCUCGGCUGCAGCAGCAGCCCUCACAGAAGGAUGCAGCUGACCAGAACUUUGACUACAUGUUUAAGCUGUUAAUCAUUGGCAACAGCAGUGUGGGGAAAACCUCCUUUUUGUUUCGCUACGCGGACGACUCCUUUACCUCUGCCUUCGUAAGCACCGUGGGCAUCGACUUCAAAGUCAAGACAGUCUUCCGCAAUGACAAGAGGAUCAAGUUGCAGAUCUGGGAUACAGCAGGACAGGAGCGUUACCGGACCAUCACCACAGCCUACUACAGAGGAGCCAUGGGCUUCCUGCUCAUGUACGACAUCACUAACCAGGACUCCUUCAACGCUGUGCAGGACUGGGCGACACAGAUAAAGACAUACUCUUGGGACAACGCUCAGGUGAUCCUGGUUGGCAACAAGUGUGACCUGGAGGACGACAGGCUCAUACCCACAGAAGAUGGCCAACGACUGGCUGAGGAGUUAGGUUUUCAGUUCUUUGAGGCCAGCGCUAAGGACAACAUCAACGUCAAGCAGGUGUUCGAGCGUCUGGUGGACGUCAUCUGUGAGAAGAUGAACGAGAGCAUGGAAGGAGACGUCAACCUGGUUGCCAACCACCGGAACCAGAGCCUUAAAGACUCAUCGUCAGAGAGCCACGGGGGUUGUGCUUGCUAAACUGUCUGCCUUUUUACCAAGUCUCACACACACACACACACACACACACACACACACACACAUAGAGUAAUAUCCACAUAUUAAGAACAACUUCUUCUCUGUGCCUCGACCGUGGGAAGUGCCGCUUCCUCUCUUUUCACCUGAGCCACGCCAGGUUCUGCUUUGUCCACAGCGAGUCGUAGGACAGUUAGCUGAGAUAAUGUUCAUCAGCGCUCUCCUCCCCAGUCCUACUAUCUUUUCCCUAAAAGAGGCCCUUUCUCUCUGUCUCUGUGGUCUUGACCCCUCUGUUCUGCUGUGAGCUGAUAGUCCACUGAAAACUGCCCGGCACUCUGACCACUGCUGCCACAUCUGCAUUUGAAAUUUACAGUAUGUGAAACAUCCGUUCAGUAGGUAAAUGUUCUUACGCUGAUGCUACACAUGUUGAAGUCACAAUUAAACUGUUGCAUCUUUGUCAUUUAUUGUUUUGUUUGAGAUUCAUGCAGUGUGUGCUUAGGUUUCCCUUUGUAGAAACAUUUAGUACAGUUUUACAAUGACAGCAGCUUUGCAUAACUGGGCUACAUGAGGUGAACAGCUAUUUAAGAGCUAUUUAAACUGCUGAACUGUAGAAACAGAAUGUGUCAUGCUUCUGUAACCGUAGCACUUCUUUUUUUGCCUUACAUAUAUUCAGAAUGAUGGAUUUUAGCAGCUUCAGAGAGAGGUACGCUGUCCAGUCACAUCAAGAGCGCCUCAUUCUCAGGAAUGACUGAGGGAGAAAAGCAGAAAAUAAUCUUUUUACGUCUUGCAUAAAAUUAUCUGUCAUAUUGAGCUUUAGAAGUCCUAAAGGACAAGUUUAACAGUUUGGGAACAACAGGUAUCUGCUUUCUUGGCGAUAGAUAAAUGAGAAAACACCACUGAUGUGUACUCUAUUUACAGAUGGGUGACAAAGAAACGGUGUCUUAGUAAAGUGUUAACCAACCACAUGCAACCAAAACAGCGUCAGUGCUUCUUGGCACAGAUGUUAAGUCUCUAGAACUCUACAGGAUGGAUGAACAGUUUGGCAUUUUGGUGUGGAAAAGUCCUCUGAGCUUGCAUUGUGAUAAAGGGGAUAAGGGUUUUUUAAAUUUGAAAAAAUAUACGGAAAAUGAGAAAACAUACACUGGACACAUUCCAAAAUCUCAAAUCAGGAUAGAAAUUGUUCAUUAUAGGACAGAGGUGAUCACUCAGAACAACUUUGUAUUGAUUUGCAGUGAUCCUUCUCUCUAAGGACUGAAACCAUGCUGGCUAAAUAUCCCCUACAGCAUAACGGAGGCACUGGAUCCACUCAUUCAAACGUUUAGGUUUAUGUUCAUGUUUGCAUGUUAGCUUCUGCUUGCAGCUAAUUAGCUUAGCUUAGUGUAAAGAUUUUCUUUUUUCAUAUGAUUGAAGAAACAACCCAUUGAUUUCAUCCCUACAAAUUCAUCUCUCUGUAUCAAAGUUACAUAUUUAGGAACUUUCUUUCAUGAAAAUAAUCCCUUUUAGCUUUAAAAAUGACUUAGAUGUGUGAAAAUAAUCAGGAUAUCUCCCAAAAUGUCAAACUUUUCUUUCAAGUCCAGUCUAGCUCUGCCUUCUGCCGUCUUUUUUUUUUUUUUUUUUUUGCGGGGGCUUCAUGUUGAGGGUAAAUAUUGAGCUGUGUCCUCAUACAUGUGUCACAUCCCACAUGAGGAAGUCAUUUGUCACGUGACCUGCUUCAUGUCCUCACUUACUCCUUUGUACUACUCUCUCUUUAACGCCGUCUCCCUCUUGCACAUGCUUUCACCAUGAUAAACACACACAUGAACACACACACACACACACACACACACACACACACAAACAUUGCACGCCCACGCCCAAACCGCUCCCCUGGCUGCAGCAUGGCAGAACAGUUGGCAUGGCAACCCUGCUAAAACUGAGUAUUGACAAAGUGGUAAAUUAUCUUUUUUGUGUGUUACUGACAUAAUGACUGUUUCGUAGAAGUGCAGCAUUGUGUGUGUGCGUGUAGGUGUGUGUGUGGGUGUGUGUGUGGGUUUGUACGUACGCAGAAAGGGAAGAACGCUGAUCCCUGAGGAGAGUAAGUCCAGUUGAAAAUAUCAGGAAGAACAACGACUUUAUUCCCCAUUUCUGUAAUGUUUGUCUUUUUUUCACUCAAAUAAAUACAGUUAGGAUUUUUAAUCAUGCCACGCUUUUGUCACCAGUUUUUUGUACAUUUAAUAGUUUGUGUUGUUUUGACAUUUCAGUAUUGAACCGUCAACCUACCCCCUUCUGAAAACUGAAAUUUGAAGUGUCUUUGGUUUGUACCACACAUCUGUAAUGGAAGAAAACUUGCUAAAUUAUGUGCUUUUUUGUUUUUUUUUAACUCUUAAUCAUCACUUGCGGUGCCAUUUGACCAUCACUAUCAACGUGGUGACUACUGACUGUUCGUUAGUACGAACCGUGGCCUCUGUACAACGAUAACAACCUCAUGUUUGCAUGCCAAAGCCUUUUACUGUAACAGGCUGGGCUACAGCUAGUGGUCAGCCCACUCCCUGCUUUCUUACAAGCCUGUGGUCACUUAUCUCUCCUGUCAGUGUGUGCUGCUGUAGUGAUAGAGUUUUACAGAUAUCAGAUAAUUAUCAUCUCAUCUACACCACACUGAGCUUUAAUGCAGGGAUCUGGCGUAAGGAAGUUGUGUGCAAAGUCUCAAAACACUAUUUGUAUCAUCUGUGCAGUCUUACAGUGUAUUAGAAUUGAAUGCCGAGGCUUCUGGGAGCAUAAAAUAUUUGUGAUUGUUUCUCUAAAGGAGCUUACAAUGGUGGCUGCUGCUUGAAUACGUAGUAAAUGUGCUUAGAUGGCUCCACUGUGCUGAACCGUCCAUUGGUAAUUAAUUUUUCAUCAGUUCGUUCAGUAUCUGCCAUGUUGAAAAACUCUUUUUGUAUAAACACAUUCGUAGCAUCCAGAGCUGUUAGUCUUGCAUGUGUUUCUUCUUUCAUACAGUCUACAACAAAAGUGAGUACACUGUGCAAAAUCGCUUAAAUGAUUCUAAAUUGUAUCACCUCUCAAUAGUUGGAGAGUAUUUCCCCUGGUAGACAUUCAAAAACUAGAACUUUAGAAAGACUUUAUUGAAAACAAAACAACCAAAGUAGAAACUCAAUGCAAUAAAAGUGAAAACACCUGUGAAUCACUGAAAGUAAACUGAGUAGCGGCUCUAAAAUGACCUGUGCACACCAGAACCUUUUCAGUUUUGGACUUGCGUGUUGUUUAUCAUUGAGAAGACCUGAAAAAUCUGACUGAGACUUCACAACAAUGGAUAAGGAUACAGGACAGUCAGUAACCAAGUAAAAAUCAGUUGAAUCACAGUCGCAGUAGCAAUAAAAAGCUGCAAAAUGAGUCAAGUAGGUCUUACCAGAGCUGCAGUGGUUGUCCUCUUAAAAUGAUGCCACAGACGGUGCACUACCUGCACAAUCUAACUCUGACAGACUGAUGGGCAGGUGCUUCAGACUUGGCAAAGGAGUUAUUACUAGAAAUUAGAGUUUCUGUGAUGGACAUUGUAUAAAAUCGGCGUCUUUGAGCGGUGUUCAAGACAAACCUGGGAAUGUGAAUAAAGAACAUGAAGGAGCACAUUUCUCCAAGAUCAGUUUGUUUGGUUGAACAAACAUGUUGGGGUCCAGCUCGUUUAGCUAAUGAACACAUAGUCCUGACAGUGAAGCACAGAUAGAUUGGGCUGCUUGAGUGCAUAAAGUGUUGGGAAGGUGGCGUUUAUAGAUGCAUCAUGAAUGUCUGCGGUUAUAUCAAAACACUAUCAGACACAAAGACUCCCAGUCUGCAGAAGCUUGACAGAAGAGGAAUAUUCCACCACAACAACAAUCCAAAGCACACUGGCACAAUCACAAGUUUCAAAAGAGGAAAGAGGCCUGAUGUGGAUCCAGCAGAACACCUUUCAGAGAAAUAUACAGCCACACAGCUCAUUCAGCAAAGAAAACUAAUAGUUUCUGAAGAAUGACGAACUAUCAUCAAAAUAAAGAUGGACUUACAAAGUAUUAAAAAAAAGAUUUGAAUUGGGAGGUAUAUGAACUUUUGCUGGACUGAGUUCCUACUAUGGUCCCUGUCUUUUUGCUGUUCUUUUUAGAAUUAAUGCAGUUAUUUUGAGGUGAUACAACUUAGAAUCAUUUGAUAUUUAACUGAUAUUGCACAGGAGUGUACUCACUUGUUUAUUUAUGCUUUCUUUGUUUUCAUGUGCUGUUCAUCCGGAACUUUCUAAAAGACAGGAGGUCAGAUCAUUUGCUCUCUUUAUUUUAGAUUUUGAGUGUAUUGUAUGAAAGCAUUGUUUAAAAAAAAAAACAAAAAAAACUGCAUCUUAUAAACAAGGAUAAAUGGAAUUUGUUGAAAUGUGUACAUGUGAAAAUAAAGAAUAUAUUCAUUAGAAAAGGGA